GUCGCGGCCAGGCUAGCCAAGGCAAACCAAGCAGCCUACCAGUCGCGACGCCGCCGUCAAACACGCAGCACGGGACGCGCGUUGCUGUACUGUGCUGUGCCUGCACUGCUGGUGCUGCGACCGUCUUGCCUGAGCUGUAGCUGCAGCCGCGCGCCAUGUACAGCCGGGUGGCGGCCUACCACGCGCAGCAGGGCCACGUGCUGGAGGCGGACGCGGACGGCCCGCAGCGCCGCGGCCAGCGCGCGGACAGGCCGCGCAACCGCUUCCCGGACGACUUCAUCUUCGGCGCCGCCACCGCCGCCUAUCAGGUCGAGGGAGCCUGGGACCUUGACGGCAAGGGCGAGAGCAUCUGGGACCACCUGCUGCAUUCCGGUGGCAAAAUCACCGAUGAUGGUGGCACUGGUGACGUAGCAGCCGACUCAUACCACAAGUUUCGGGAGGAUGUCCAGCUUCUAAAGGAGCUUAAUGUGGACGUGUACCGGUUCUCGAUAUCCUGGCCGCGGAUCCUGCCGGAUGGGGGUGUGGACCGGGUCAACCAGGCGGGCAUCGACUACUACAACAAAGUCAUCGACGAGCUGUUGGCACAUGGCAUCCAACCCAUGGUAACGAUGUACCACUGGGACCUGCCGCAGAAGCUGCAGGACCUCGGCGGCUGGGCCAACCCGGUGCUCGCCGACUACUUCGUCGACUACGCUGAGCUGCUCUUCGAGAAAUUCGGCGACAGGGUGAAGCUGUGGACGACCUUCAACGACCCGUGCACUUUCGCGGGCGGCUACCAGGGCGCCGACGGAAAGGCGCUGGCGCCGCGCGUCGACCUGCCGGGCGUCGCAGACUACCUGCUGGCGCGCACCGUGCUCAUCGCGCAUGCGCGAGCCUUCCGCCUCUACAGCCACCGCUUCCGCCACGUCCAGAAAGGUCGUGUGGGCAUCACACUGUGCUGUACUUGGUUCGAGCCCGCUACCAGCAGCGUGGAGGAUCAGCGGGCGGCGGAGACGGCCCUUCAGUUCGAGCUGGGCCUGUACGCUCACCCCAUCUUCUCGAGGGAGGGCGACUUCCCGGUGGUGGUGAAGCAGCAGGUGGAGGCCCACAGCAAGGCGGAGGGGCGGCGCCGGUCACGGCUGCCUCCGCUCACCUCCCACGAGAUCGCCGAGAUCAGGGGCUCUGCUGACUUCCUGGGACUGAACCACUACACGACGCGGUCCGUGAGGGCGGGCGAGUCCGGCCGGGUGCCGUCCAUGCAGCACGACUCCGGGGCCGUGACGUCACACCUGGAAUCCUACCCUGUCAGCCCUGCGCCCUGGCUCAGGUGCAUCCCGUGGGGGUUCCGGAAGACGCUGCGCUGGGUCUCUGCGCAGUACCCCGGCUGUCCCAUCGUCAUCACCGAGAACGGCUGGGGCGACGCCGGCGGUCUGCACGACGACAUGCGCCUAACAUACUUUUCGGCAUACCUAUCUGAGCUACUGCAUGCUAUAAAUGAAGACGGCGUUAAGGUGUUUGGAUACAUUGCAUGGAGCCUGCUGGACAAUUUGGAGUGGAUCUUUGGGUACACAGUGAGGUUUGGACUGUACCACGUGGACUUUGAAGACCCGGACAGGCCAAGGAAGGCGCGGGCUUCUGCCAAGUUCCUCGCAGAGGUCUUCCGGACCAAACAGCUGCUUCCGGAGCACUUUAAACCGUCAGCUGUGGCCUCUGACAAGUGACUGCAGAAACCUAGCCGUGGUAGAUCUUUCUUAUAGUCAUCAGACUGUUGUUCGCUACAUGGUCAUCAGAGGAUUCGUUCAAUGUAACGUCUUUUCUAAAGUAAUGAAAGACACAAAUUGAUGGAAUAAAUUUAUUUUACGUUU